AUGGCUACGGAAAAAGCAACGGCUACGGGCCUCGAGGGGCACCCUUCCGACAACAUCGCCGUGGGACGCCGUGAAGUCGCAGAACAGGGCAAGCUUGAUGCCAAGGAGGCUUCCAUGGAGGCCGCGGCCAAGGGCCAGGCUAUCUCUGGCUUCGAAACGCUCGGCCUGUGGGAGACCGUCAAGGCGUUCAAGGUUUGCACUGCGACGUGCUUCCUCGUCGCCUUCAGUGCGGCCACGGAUGGCUACCAGAUUGGCAUGAAUGGAAAUAUCAUCGCCAACCCAGGCUUCGUCAGGCAAUUCGCGACAGAGACCAACGACGCGGGCGAGCCGUUCCUCGCAUCGCCCAUCUUGAGUGCGUGGGGAUCCAUCAUGUCAGUCGGCCAGAUCAUCGGCAUGACCUCCCUGCCAUUCCUUUCGGACCAUUUCGGCCGCAAGGCCGCCAUGUACGGCUUCUGGUUCGUGCUCGCCAUGAGCGUGCUCGCGGAAUCGCUGGCCCGCUCGUGGCCCGUCUGGCUCGUGGCCAAGCUCCUUGCCGGCAUUGGUGUCGGCUGUCUGCAGAGCACCAUCCCGACUUACAUCGCCGAGACAGCCCCCGUGCGCAUCCGCGGCGGUCUCCUCAUGUCGUACAACUUUUGGUUCGUCCUGGGCAACUUCUUCGCCCCCGUCGCGCUGCAGGUGCACUCAAAGGUUGAUGCCGACGACUGGCUGACGCCCGUGUACACGCAGUGGGCGCAGAUUGGGCUCAUGCUCAUCAUCUUCCUUUUCGUGCCCGAGACGCCGGCGUGGUGCGUCACCCGAGGCUACGAGUCGCGAGCGAAAGCCUCGCUGCGCCGGCUGCACUGGGAGAUCAAGGACUACGACCUUGACUACCAGUAUCAGUUGCUCGUCAUGGCUGUGGACCACGAGAUGGAGGUGGCGCGGGCGUCUCAGAACGAGAAGUGGUGGUCCAUUUUCAGGGGUACCGAUGGGAGACGCACCCUCACGGCGCUGUGGACGCUCAUGACGCAACAAUUCAUCGGCCUGACCCUCUUCUCGUCCUUCGCAUCGUAUUUCUUCCAGCAGGCCGGCGUGGAGGACCCUUUCCAGGCAACCUGCAUAACGUCCGGUAUCAACAUUGCCGCCAACUUCAUCUUCAUCUUGACGGCUGACAAGUUCGGUCGGAGGAAUAUUUCAUGCGGCGGUUCAACGCUGUGCUGGGCGGCAUGCACAGCCAUAGGCAUUUUGGGCGUGGUACCGCGGGUGAAGGCGACCGAAUACCUGCUUGUCCUCUUCGCCUGUCUUUGGAAUAUCGGCAUGACAGCCAACGGUGCGACAGGUUGGGGCUUUAUCGGCGAGAUCUCCUCUCAACGUCUUCGACCCUACACGGCGGGCUUCGGCGCGGCAUCAACAUGCGUCGCGGGCGUCGUGAUGAAUGUGCUGACGCCGUACAUGGUCAAUGACAACGAGUGGGGUUGGGAGCUUAAGACGGGCUGGUUCUACGUGGGCCUGGGCGCGCCAUUUGUUGUGAUCAUGUGGUUCCUCAUCCCCGAGACCAAAGGACGGUCGGCCGCUGAACUGGACGAGCUUUUUGAACGCAAGAUCAAACACUGGCGGUUUCACAAGACCCAGACUGCGACGCAGACGGCGCUGCUCUCACGCCAAGAGUAG